AUGAUGUAUUUCAACAAGACAUUAAGUAGUGAUCUGACGACGUCAAUUCACUCGCUGGUCAAAAUAGACUUCAACAAGACAUUAAGUAGUGAUCUGACGACGUCAAUUCACUCGCUGGUCAAAAUAGACUUCAACAAGACAUUAAGUAGUGAUCUGACGACGUCAAUUCACUCGCUGGUCAAAAUAGACUUCAACAAGACAUUCAGUAGUGAUCUGACGACGUCAAUUCACUCGCUGGUCAAAAUAGACUUCAACAAGACAUUAAGUAGUGACCUGACGACGUCAAUUCACUCGCUGGUCGAAAUAGACUUCAACAAGACAUUAAAUAGUGAUCUGACGACGUCAAUUCACUCGCUGGUCAAAAUAGACUUCAACAAGACAGUAAGUAGUGACCUGACGACGUCAAUUCACUCGCUGGUCAAAAUAGACUUCAACAAGACAUUAAGUAGUGAUCUGACGACGUCAAUUCACUCGCUGGUCAAAAUAGACUUCAACAAGACAGUAAGUAGUGACCUGACGACGUCAAUUCACUCGCUGGUCAAAAUAGACUUCAACAAGACAUUAAGUAGUGAUCUGACGACGUCAAUUCACUCGCUGGUCAAAAUAGACUUCAACAAGAUAUUAAGUAGUGAUCUGACGACGUCAAUUCACUCGCUGGUCAAAAUAGACUUCAACAAGACAUUAAGUAGUGAUCUGACGACGUCAAUUCACUCGCUGGUCGAAAUAGACUUCAACAAGACAUUAAGUAGUGAUCUGACGACGUCAAUUCACUCGCUGGUCAAAAUAGACUUCAACAAGACAUUAAGUAGUGAUCUGACGACGUCAAUUCACUCGCUGGUCGAAAUAGACUUCAACAAGACAUUAAGUAGUGAUCUGACGACGUCAAUUCACUCGCUGGUCAAAAUAGACUUCAACAAGACAUUAAGUAGUGACCUGACGACGUCAAUUCACUCGCUGGUCAAAAUAGACUUCAACAAGACAUUAAGUAGUGAUCUGACGACGUCAAUUCACUCGCUGGUCAAAAUAGACUUCAACAAGAUAUUAAGUAGUGAUCUGACGACGUCAAUUCACUCGCUGGUCAAAAUAGACUUCAACAAGACAUUAAGUAGUGAUCUGACGACGUCAAUUCACGCGCUGGUCGAAAUAGACUUCAACAAGACAUUAAGUAGUGAUCUGACGACGUCAAUUCACUCCCUGGUCGAAAUAGACUUCAACAAGACAUUAAGUAGUGUUCUGACGACGUCAAUUCACUCGCUGGUCGAAAUAGACUUCAACAAGACAUUAAGUAGUGAUCUGACGACGUCCUUCACUCGCUGGUAA